AACGUUUUUACGCGGAAGACUGAAAUGGCGCGCUUUACAAAUUCGCGUCACAGUGAUUGAUGCGAGUAAACUGGUGGGUCUAUGUUGUCAACGGGUCCCAAUAGGCAAAUACUACGUUGUUUUACGGAAAUCUCAUUUUAUAGAAAAAUGUUAUAUAUAACGUUGUUCCGGCCGACCCUUCAAUUGCUGUUGUUGACCACGCUUUCUCAGUGUGAUGGCCUACCACCUCCAUUGCUGAUGGCACUGGUACUGGCAACGCGCCAAUUCUUCAUCAGCUUUCGGUCAGUCCAGUUUCGCUCAGUUUGCGUCAUCCUCGCUGCCUUCCAUCAUAUACCCAUAAAGAAAUAACACAUGUGUGUUCAUCAAAGAGAUAACAUAUAAUUACUAUUAUUGCGCUAUCAAUGUGAAGUAAUUCUGUGUCAUAAUUACGUACUUUGGACAAUUUUUGUUAAGCGUAUGAUAUGUUGAAUAUUUGAAUCUUAUCUUUAUAUAUUCGUUGGUUUGGCAUCAGUAUUAUAUUUGUUGUGUUUUUGUGAAUAGUUUUUUGUGAAUUCUGGUUGUUUUUUUUAAAAGAAGAAUGAAGGUACCAAGGCUCUUCGUGGACGCUUGCUUCUGUUUCAGCAAACACAAUAUCAGGAUACCAACACUUGCAUCAACGGCCAACUUUUCACAAAGAAGAGGCAUCUACACUUUAGAUCCAGUAGAUCACCAGGAACCUGCAUUUGGUAAGAUUUUGAUAGCCAACAGAGGAGAAAUAGCAUGCAGGAUCAUCAAGACAGCGAAGAGGAUGGGGAUCAAAACGGUUGCAGUUUAUUCAGUGGCUGAUUCUCAGUCGUUGCAUGUGAAAAUGGCAGACGAAAGCGUAUUCAUUGGUCCAUCACCAGCUUCAGAAUCAUAUCUGAUUAAGGAGAAAAUACUGGACGCUAUUGCAAGAACUGGUGCCGAAGCUGUUCAUCCAGGGUAUGGAUUUCUGUCAGAAAAUGCUGCCUUUGUAGAACAGUUGGAAUCAGACAACAUAUCGUUCAUAGGCCCUUCGGCAUCCUCAAUCACAGGCAUGGGUGAUAAGCUGGAAUCAAAAAGAUUGGCCGCCGCUGCAGGUGUCAGCACAAUUCCAGGUUUCGAUGGGGUUGUUAAGGAUGCAGAACAUUGUGUGCAAAUAUCCAGAAGUAUCGGUUAUCCAGUCAUGAUCAAGGCAAGUGCAGGAGGGGGAGGUAAAGGAAUGAGAAUCGCUCGGAAUGAUGAUGAUGCUCGGGAUGGUUUCAAGCUCUCUACUCAAGAAGCCUUAUCUAGCUUUGGAGAUAGUCGGAUGUUAGUGGAAAAGUUCAUAGAUAAUCCUAGGCAUAUAGAAAUACAAGUAUUAGGAGACAAGCACGGUAAUGUUAUCUACUUAAAUGAAAGAGAAUGCAGUAUACAAAGAAGAAACCAAAAAGUUAUAGAGGAGGCUCCAAGCGUUUUUUUGGACGAAGCAACAAGGAAAGCCAUGGGCGAACAAGCAGUAUCGUUAUGUAAGAAAUUAGGCUACUACUCAGCAGGAACAGUAGAAUUCUUAGUAGAUCAAAACAGAAACUUCUAUUUUCUGGAAAUGAAUACUAGGCUUCAAGUAGAACAUCCCAUUACAGAAUGUAUUACCGGAGUCGAUCUAGUACAACAAAUGUUAAGAGUCGCUAAAGGCCACAAACUUAAUAUUUCUCAAAAUGACAUAAAGAUAAAUGGUUGGGCUAUGGAAAGCAGAGUGUACGCCGAAGAUCCCUACAAGAGUUUCGGUCUACCUAGCAUUGGAAGAUUAUAUCGAUAUAUAGAACCGACCCAUCUGGCAGGAGUCAGAUGCGACAGUGGCAUUGAGGAGGGUUCAGAAAUUAGUGUUUAUUACGAUCCUAUGAUCUGUAAGCUCGUUUGUUAUGGAAAAGAUAGGAAAGAAUCCAUUGAGAGAAGUAUAAAAGCGCUAGAUUACUAUGUAAUAAGAGGUGUUAUCCAUAACAUUCCUUUACUGAGGGAUAUCUUAACGGAACAGAAGUUUAAUAAGGGUGAUAUUAGUACUAAUUAUUUGCCGCAGGUGUAUCCAGAUGGAUUCAAAGGAAAACAGUUGGACGUAAAAGAUAAGCAAAAACUUCUAGCCAUGGCUUGUUCACUCUUCGCAACUAAUGAUCUCAGAAACAGGCAGUUCCUAAACGUACCACAGGUGAAAAUUGAUAAAAAACCUGCAGAAGAGUGGAAGUUAUACGUAGAACUGAAUGAGGAAAAGUACAAGCUCGAUGUAACUCAAUCCAACGGCGAAUUCAAAAUCAACGUCAAUGAUGAAGAAUACGUCAUCAGGAAAGAAGAUAUUGAUUUGGCGAAACCUUUGUUAGAAGUCAAGGUCAAUGAUGAAACUGAUGUUAUUCAGCUCUUGUCAAAAGAUGCUAGCGGAUAUUACCAAAUAAUAUACCAAGGUACCACUUACAAACUCUUCAUAUUGACGCAAAGAUCAGCGGAAUAUUUGCAUUUGAUGCCUGAAAAAAUUAAGUUUGAUGUAUCGAAGCAGAUUCGCUCUCCCAUGCCUGGGCUUGUCAAGAGUGUCAACUGCAAUGUUGGUGAUGAAGUCGUAGAAGGGCAAGAGCUAUGCGUUAUAGAGGCCAUGAAGAUGCAAAAUUCUAUGGUAGCAACCUCGAGUGGUAAAGUAAGAUGCGUCAACAUCCAUCCAGGUGACACCGUCGGUGAUGAUGAUAUUUUAAUUGAGCUUGCUUGAAUGUUAUUGUUGUUAUAUUUUGCUAUUUACAUUUUUCAAAAUACACUUUUUUAAUUAUGUUAAAAAUAGUUUCUUCUGAUAUUUUCCAAUACUAACAACCACUGCUACUGAAACUGGAGACAGUACAGUGUCAAAAAUAUUCAUUAAACCAGUCAAAAUUUUAAUUGUCAAUUAAAAAACUUAAUUAACUAGUGACAGCUAACAAGAUCAAUUAGCUUAAUUUAAAAAACAGUUUACUUAACCCUAUGACACUAGUUUAAUUAAACCAAAACACAACCGUUUAACUAAAUGUAUUAAACCGUUUACUUAGAUUGAUUACACCAAUUUAUUUAAAAUAGUUGAACUAUUAAAAUGAGCUUGUCUGCUGUAGAAAAUGUGAUGUCGGC